AUGUCGCUCUUGCGAGCUCAGCUUGCUCUGAGCGACCCUUUCCGCACUGGCAUCCACGCCACUUACGGUCCCUCACCUCUCACGCCACCCCCGGUCACAUCCUUUAUUUUCAACUACUUCGCUCGCGCGGCCCGUCUGCUUGACGCCAUUCUCGCCCUUUUCGGUCUCGGUCAGAUAUCCACCUGCGAUUGUGUUGAGGACUCGGCUGGUGCGUGUGCUACUGGAGCGGCGACAAAGGUCAACCCCAGCCUCCGCCGCCGCCAAGAGCUCGAAUGCAAGAUCUUCGACGCCAUUGUGGCUGGCCUUCAAAGCGAUGAACGCUCUCUGCACCCCCCUACCUUCACCAAGCCCCGUCGUCCAACGGCUUUGGGAGAAGAUGCCCAUACUCCAUUGCUAGUCGCCGACGCUGUGUUCGACUCCGAUGCAUCAUCUCAGAGCUCCAUAUCAACUCCCUGUACCCCGCCUGCCUCGCUUGUUGAUGACGUUGUCUGUGCGGGAGAACGCCCUCGUGCCCCAUCCAUCGAGCUGAUCGACGAAGCCGUUUCAGACUCCGCACUCCCUGGGCCCGGCACGGAGGAAGACAAAAUUGCUACUUGUGCCCACAUGAUCGAAGACGACCUCGGGACCGCGCUAGGAUUGGAAUUCUUGUCGUCUCCAAUCGCUGUCGAAAAGUUUGACCACAUCAAAGUCGGCGACGAUCUUGCUUAUAUUCCUCGUUACUCGGAGGAUUCAGCGGUUGCUCUCAGCGAAGACGAGGACAAGGGCGAGGACGAGGACGAGAAAACUGCACCUGUGCUGAAUAGUGACGACGAUGACGCGGAGUCUACCUUGCCCAAGGCCCCCGCCCCCGUGCUAUUUGACGGCAACAAUACAUGGACUGCCUGUACUCUGACAGGAAAAGGUGCUGUCGGCUGCGUGUUUUCUGCCAGGUCCAAGGAGACAGGGAUCGAGAGAGCUAUCAAGGCCUGCAAUAAGCGCCAGCUCAUGGUUAACGCGCAGGCGCGAGGAUUUCGAGCAUCGGAUGCGAUCAUUGAUAUUCGCAACGAGAUUGAAAUAUUGAAAGGAAUAGCGUCCUUUGAUUCGUCUCCCUUCCUGUGCCACCUCGAAAGCUCCUGGCAAGAUCAAACCAACGUCUACAUCGCUAUGCCGCUGUAUUCCGAAACGCUCUCAUACCGCCUAACUGCUACUUCAGGCGUGGUGUCCCCCCAUGACACACUCUAUUACAUGGCAGAAUUGGUCGAUGCAAUCGCAUUCCUGCAUGGCUACAGUAUCGUUCACCGGGAUAUUAAACCUGAUAACAUCCUCGUCGACGCGGAGGGCCAUCUUGCGUUGUCGGAUUUUGGCCUCUCCACCGUUUGUCCCCAAGGACAGUAUUUUGAUUCGUUCACCCCCCGCGGAGUGUGCGGGACACCUGGAUACAUGGCGCCUGAAACUGUCGACGAGAACUCAGGGUUCACAAGCUGGAGGUCGGACAUAUGGGCGGUUGGCGUUGUCUUUCUGGAAAUCAAUCUUGGCUAUACUAAAAAUUACUUCCAUGACAUUACGCAGAAGUACGGCUUGGGACCACAUGAUGAUGAACUGUCGGACCGUGUCUGCGAGGUCAUCCGUCUCAAUGGCUACGCCAAAAGGCUCGCCUUUCAUUUGAGGCGCAUCAGGGAUGGUAACGCCCGUCGUUUAGUGCAAUUGAUGCUAGACCACGCAUGGUCAAGGCGACCUUGCAUAUCAGCAAUUAAGUCUGAUACGCUCUUCAGCAAUAUUGACUGGGUCAAGUUACGAUCCCGAGGAUACCCCCAUGACUACCGACCUGCCGGCGUGCGUAAGCACAAGGAAAAUGACCAGCUAGGUGAGGCGCUUAAGUUUGAAACGUGGGAAACCACGCAAUAUCAAGACAUCGACAAAUACGAGCCCAACGGGUUCAUCGAUUUGUUCCUCGCAGCGGACUGCGCUGGCCUUCCUUAUUAUCCGUCGAUGCAUCUCGCCUGA